AUUUCUUUUGGCCGAUUCAACGCGAAGGAAACGAGGUAGAAAUAGAAAUUAGAGUUGGGAGAGUAGAAGAGAACGGGACCGAGAUCUGCCGCCGCCGAAAUCUGACUCUGUUUGGGAACUCAGAAGAUGUCGCAGAAAAUUUUCCGAAGCGCUCGAUCGGAGAUGUUGUUGUUGUUGUUGUUAGUCGUGCUGUUUUCGUUUAUGGGUUUUCUUGUUCCUUCGGCAAACGCCAUAUGGUUAACCCUUCCAAGCUCCGGAACCAAGUGCGUCUCUGAGGAAAUUCAGACCAACGUCGUCGUAUUGGCUGAUUACUACGUCAUAGAUGAUUCUGUAGACAAUCACCAACACAUCCCCACCAUCUCUGUUCGGGUAACAUCCCCAUAUGGAAACAAUCUUCACCACACUGAGAAUGUAACUCAUGGUCAGUUUGCAUUUACCACCACGGAGACUGGAAACUACUUAGCGUGUUUCUGGGUGGAUGGAAACCCUCGAGAAGGAUCGUCCCUAAGUGUUAGCCUAGACUGGAGAACAGGAAUUGCGGCCCGGGACUGGGAGUCAGUUGCAAAGAAGGAAAAAAUUGAGGGUGUUGAACUUGAGCUAAGGAAACUCGAAGGAGCUGUACAAGCUAUCCAUGAGAACCUACUUUAUUUGAAGACAAGAGAAGCAGAGAUGAGGGAAGUGAGUGAAAGAACCAACGCAAGAGUUGCAUGGUUCAGUAUCAUGUCCCUCGGUGUUUGCAUCGUGGUUUCAAGUUUGCAGUUGUGGCACUUGACGCGGUACUUCCAAAAGAAGAAGCUUAUCUAAGAUUAUAGUCCUCGUAUUUCCUGGUACACAGAUCUUACCCUUUGUCUGAUGAAGGGAAAUGCUGGAGCUCAUGUUUUCUUGUUGUGCCAUAUACAGCUGUUGUUUUUAUUUUCUAUUUUUUUAUUUUAUUAGGUGUUGGGGUGAGUUUUGGAGAAGAGAAACAAAUGCUACUUGUAUCCUAGCUUUUUAUUCCAUAUUUUGAGGGGUGGGAUUUUUUCUCCAAAAACAAAUGUUAGCCAAAAUACUGAUUUCUUACGACUGGACGAGAAUCCACAUCCUUAAUUUUGAGGUCUCAAGGAAAUUACUCUUUCUUACAGAUUUGUUUCUUACUUCAGAUUGUACUAAACUACCCUGGUCUUUCAUGUCUUGGACACACUAAGAGAAACAGUGUUUCUCCCGUUUCCCAUUCUCAUUCCUUUUCAGGAUGAAAAAAAAAGUAUCUUUAUAAUAGUCAUAUUGCUAUGUGGUGUCACUUUACCCAUUA